AUGACGGGGAAGGAUGAAAGGCCAUUGGCGGAGCCGAAGGUCGAUCAGGUAGACCGGGUAGGCCAGGUAGACCCUCAAUCCGGUCCGGUAGACCCUCAGGUUGAUCAGGUAGACCAGAUGGGAGAAGUUGAAGGGCCGCUGGUAGAGUCGACACAAGAAGAUGACCAAGUGUGCACGUUCGAAAGUGGGGAGCUCUGGGCCGAGGACGUAAGACAAGGGCGGGCUAUCAUACCAGAGGUAGACCUUUCACCCACGAGUAUCAAUCUUGAAGCUAUACAGAUUACUGACUCUGACGGAAACACCCCAGAUGAGGUGGACCGACUCAGACAAAUUAUAUGGAGAAGACAACAUAUACUCAUGGGGAAGGGUAACGCCUUAUCGCCGUCUGCUCAAGGAGCUAUCUGUGACAUUGAUGUGGGUAGUGCGAGGUUGAUUGCACAACGUGUACGGAAGGUGGCCCCUCAGUUCAAAAAAAAGCUGGCCGAUCUGAUCAAGGGACUAUUAUCUGCGAAGAUUAUCCAGCCCUCUACCUCGCCCGACUUGAACCAUCUUAUGGUCUACCCUAUGCCUCUAAUCAACGAAUUGUUGGAGGACAUGCACGGAGCAUUGUGGGCUGGUACAGAAGAGACCAAAGACUUGUUUGCGAUGGUAAUGCCUGAUGUAAAGUGGGGUCCCUCGGUAGAGUGGUCGUUAGAUGUGUGUGACAAUUGGAAUUUAUCGAUCAGCGCGGUCAAGAGCUCAUGGGGGUGCCGGAAGCUAGGCUACCUUGGGCACCGGAUCUCGGACCAAGGACUAGAGGCCCACCCAAAGGACCUCCAUUCCCUGGUCAACCUACCGUUGCCAUCGACACUCAAAGCCAUGCAAUCGUUUCUCGGAAGUCUGAAUAACUACCUUAGAUUCAUUGAAGAUUAUGCAGUGUAUGCAUCGAUCCUCUAUGAGUUACGGGAGGUGGAGUUUCACGCUUGGCGAUGUAAGUUGAGGACGGGUGAUGGUGUCGUGGCUAAGAAAGAAGACGAGGAGAAGUGGUCUAGGGCUCAAGUAGCUUUCGCUAUGCUCAAGAAUAAGAUUGUCAGUGCACCUAUCUUGCGACACUUUGACCCGUCCAAGGAAGCAGUAGUUAUCGUUUAUGCAAGUGAAUGGGCCAUAUCCGCGUCGUUCGUACAAGACCAUGGUCACUCGACCCCUCAAGGUCCUGACGAGGCAUUCUACAUUGGCGUGGCUAGUCAGGUUUACGGGGUUACAGGGACGUCUCGCAUGACUCCUCGCAAAAGUGUGGACUCGAUUUUGUCGUCCAUUGCCCCCAAGAAAUAUGUGCGGCAAGUGGUCGACCUACCUACACCAACUGUGGGGCGUGACAAAGAGUUAUACGUCAUGAGUUAUGAUGGGUCGGCCCUAGUGAAUCAGGGAGGUGGAGCCUGUAGCGCUACUGUAUGGAAAUUAACUAAUUGGACCAUAGUCAAGGCUGCCUCAAAGUUUCUCGUUACAUCAACUGUGAAUGAGGCCGUGUAUGAGGGUAUGCUACUGGGUUUUGACCUGUUAGAGCCUAUAGAACGACGGCGAAUGAUUAAUCUGUGGAGAUUUCAACUUGGUGGUACGAUGAAUGCGGGGAGAGAUCGAAGCGCCGACCAAUUGGCCAGCACAGCUCUGCGUCAGAAGGAAGCGAUCAAGUUGAUAUUGGAAGGGGAAUGGCCGAAUUGUUUUUUGGAAACGAUUAAUCGAUUGCCAGAGUUACUAGUUCCCAAGGACCAAAGUACAUCGGCCAAGGUGCUUGCAGUUACUCGAUCUCGAGCUUCCAUCAAGAUGUCAGGGGAAAUCCGGCAAGAGGGUGUAAUACAAAGACUCCGGACAGAUAGAAUCAGGGAGGGCCAAGAGCAAGAGGACUGCGUGCAGGAUUUGAAGGCCUACUUGAGGGGAUAUUGGGUCGACCUGUCCAUGGAGUCCGCCCGAUCGUGCAGUAAGAUGGCCAGGGACUGCGAGAUGAGUGAUAUUUAG